AUGAAGUACUUUAUGCACAUCGUUUGUAUGUUCGCGAUCCGCGUAACCCUUUUCCAACCUCAUGGCACGACUAACGCCGAACAGGUGAUUAUGCCAAAUGGUUAUUUAAGACAUGGAAACACACAAGACAACUACAUGCAAGCGGGAACACCGGCAGCGCCAUCACCGGCAGCGGCAACGGCAGCACAACAACAACACAACAGUGGCGUUAUUGCAGGUACAUCGAGUGCAGGUCAUACAACGGAUUCGCACGACGCUCCGAAGCAAACGAACGACGACGCGGCGAACAUAAAGAACGGCGAACCGGACUUCUGGGGACAGUGGCAGAAGGAAUCUCUUCAAGAGUGGAGUUCUUGGAAGGAUGACACUGGAUCCGAAGCUAGCCACAAGGCUAAAGGUACUGGAACUACACAGAUCACGACAGGUAACGGUCCGGAGGAUUCACCGCCGGCACCCGCCCCCGCACCGGGACCAGUACCACCAGGUGCAGGAGAACCAUCAGCUGCAGCAUCACCUACAACACCAGAAGCGGUCGAAGAGACAGCCACGGACCCACCAGCACCAUCUGCACCGGCACCAGGGCCGAAACCACCAACAGUAUCAACACCGUCAGAACCAUCAUCAGGGCCGGAUGCAUCAGGGAGGGACACACCACCAACGGCACUGGCACCACCUCAGGCGCCUAACUCCGACAACACCGAAGUAACAUCGCAGGAUGUCAGUAACAAUGGGCACAAGGGUGAAACCGGCCCGUCUGGUGCAGUGGGUCCAGUCGGUGGAAAAGGUGAAACAGGCCCCGCACCGCCAGAUGGUAAACCCAUUGAUUCCGGCGCCCUAGGGGCCACCGUUGUUAGUGGCGGCAAGGUUAGUACCGGGGACGACCCCCCUCCUCUCAAUCCACCCAAACCAAAACCCAACCCGCACCCAAAUCAAUCGGGUAGUAGUGGCAGUUUCAAUGAUGCUGAUUUGGCAGAUGGAGUUUCUGGUGGGGAAGGACAAGAAGGUGGGGAUGGUACUACCCAAGGCAGUGGAGGAGGUCAAUCCUCUGGUAAUGGUUCCACUGGUCACCAAACCCCUGCUUCCUCCGGUAUCGGCUCUACUCACCCGGGGGCACCUGCCACUCGUGUAACCAUAAAGGAUGAGUGGGACACAGAAUUGGAUAAAAUCCCUUUAUGGGGAAUAGGAUCUGUAACAACACCCUCCGCUACCACAAACGACGCGUCGAAAUCAUCGGACACAGCACCCUCCGAAUCAACCUCGCAGCACGGCGCAUUAGAACUACUCGACAUGUCCAAGGAGCCAUCUGACAAUUUUAUCGAUAAAGACGAAGAAGUGUUGCCCGAAAUCGAAUAUCUAGAAAACGAAGAGCCAGAUUUUAUGGAAGAAACCGAUCCGUCGUCAUCACACGACGCAGACGACGAGGCAAACGCAGAUGGAAGCGAGUUGGACGACGCAACAUUGGACAAAGUGUUGCAGGAGGAGCAGUUGGACGACGUCAACGACGAGGACGAUGAGGAGCACGACGGAGGAGAUGACGAGGCGGAACUGCAUACACCUGCGCACGGCGGCCAAUCCGACACGAACGAAUCCACCCCAUCCGGGCCGUCGCCAUUGGACCCGUCGAAAGCGGCCACGCAACAACAAACACAACACAACGCGGAUAGUAGUGUAAGCAACAGCACACCAUCCACACCACCAUCAGCAUCACAAAAGCCACAACAACCGUUCACGGAUAAAAACGCGCAUGCGCUGCUCGCAGGAAAUACUAACAACACGAUAGACUUAAAGAAAACCACACACCAAUUGACCCAACAGAUCCUCAGUACCAUACAAGGAGACACACAGUUCCUAGACACACUGAAAGAUUUGACCAAAGAUUUAAGUAACAUUUUUUUCUAG